CUGCAAAUAACACUUCUGAUGCACAUCUCAGAGAGAUAAGCUACACUAUCUGUUCACGCAAUAUCUCAAACUAGGGACAAUCUGAGUUCUUUCUCCCGGUCCCCAUUCCAUCCCGUUAUCAUGUCGCCACUCUUGAGCGAUACUCGCGCAGAUGAGCUACCCGUCGACGAGCUACUCUCAAAACUGACAGUCGACGAAAAGGUGGCUCUUCUUGCAGGCAAGGACUUUUGGCACACGACACCAUUACCUCACCACGGUAUACCAUCCAUACGCCUCUCCGAUGGACCGAACGGCGUUCGCGGGACAAGAUUCUUCGACAGUGUUCCUUCGUCAUGUCUCCCAUGCGGGACAGCAUUGGGCGCGACAUUCAAUACAGACUUAUUGGCUGAGCUUGGACAGUUACAGGGCCAGGAAGCAAAGGCGAAGGGAGCUGUCUGCGUGCUUGGCCCUACACUCAACAUCCAGAGGGGCCCACUGGGUGGCCGCGGCUUUGAGUCCUUCUCUGAAGAUCCGCUGCUUUCUGGUAUUCUGUCGGGGUAUUACGCAAGAGGUGUUCAAAGGGAGAACAUCGCAGCUACGCUGAAACACUUUGUCUGCAAUGAUAUGGAGCAUGAGCGCAUGGCCGUCAAUGUGAUUAUCACUCAACGCGCGAUGCGGGAGAUUUACCUAUUGCCAUUUAUGCUUGCCAUUGGCAUAGGUGAUCCUCGGGCAAUCAUGACAGCAUACAACAAGGUCAAUGGCAUACAUGUCUCGGAGAGCAAGACACUGUUGCAGAAGAUUCUUCGGGAGGAGUGGAAGUUUGACGGACUCGUCAUGAGCGACUGGUUUGGUACCUAUAGCACAACAGAGUCUGUUCACGCUGGCCUUGACCUGGAAAUGCCUGGCCCAACGCUUUGGAGAGGUUCAACCUUAUCCCAUGCUGUCAUGGCCAACAAAGUCACUGAAGAACAGCUCGACAACCGCGUGCGUAACGUCCUCAACCUCAUCAAUUACUCGCGCGCCUCCGGUGUGCCUGAGAACGCACCCGAGAAACGAUUGAACCGCCCACAAGACCAAGAACUUCUGCGACGAGCAGCGUCAGAGUCCAUCGUCCUUCUCAAGAACAACGAUAAUGUCUUGCCGUUUGUCAAGUCAAAGACCACUGCGGUCAUUGGACCAAACGCCAAGAUUGCCCGUUUUUGUGGAGGCGGCAGUGCGUCGCUUCUUCCAUACUAUAGUGUUUCACCCUACGAUGGCAUCGCAAAGCAGUGUGAGAAAGUGGUUUUUUCACAAGGCGCCAUGGACCACCAGAUGCUACCGCAGAUGGGCGAUGUGCUUAGGACUGACAAGGGUCAACGGGGCUUCACUUGGAGGGCCUACAAUGAACCCGCGAGAAUCAAGGACCGAGUUCCGUUGGACGAGCGCGUUCUUGCCAAUUCCAAUUGCUUCUUUUUGGACUAUGAACACCCUGAUCUGGCUCCAGUUUGGUACUCUCAGGUAGAAGGAAUCUUCACACCUGAGGAGAGCGGCCUCUACGACUUUGGGCUCGGAGUGGAAGGCACAGGGAAGCUCUUCAUCAACGAUGCACUCUUGAUCAGCAACGUCGAGAACCAAAAACCAGGCGAGACGCUAUUCGGUUCUGGUACUGUGGAGGAAAAGGGCAGCAUGGAACUAGUAGCGGGCCAAGACUAUAAAGUCCGGGUGGAAUGGGGAUGUUUCAAAACAAGCAAAUUGCCGCCUUCUGGUCCCGUCGGUGGUCGGCACGGAGGAUUGAGAUUUGGCGCGUGCAGACGAAUUGACCCUGCUCAAGCCAUUGAAGAAGCCGCACAAGUAGCCAAGUCUGUGGAUCAGGUCGUUCUGGUUGUGGGCCUGAAUGGUGAGCUGGAGUCCGAGGGCAUAGACCGUACUACUAUGGAUAUGAGCGCUCAUACCAACGCCCUUGUCUCUAAGGUACUUGCGGCAAACGUCAAUACUGCUGUGGUGGUUCAGUCAGGCACACCUGUUGGUAUGCCUUGGAUCGACGACGCUAAAGCAGUCUGCCAUGCUUGGUACGGUGGCAACGAGACGGGAAAUGCUAUCGCAGAUGUGUUAUUUGGUGACGUGAACCCAGCUGGCAAGCUGCCCUUGACGAUACCGCGUCGUCUUCAAGACAACCCUACAUACUUUAACUUCCGUAGCGAGGCAGGACGUGUCCUCUACGGCGAGGACGUAUAUGUAGGAUAUCGGUACUACGAGAAGGUCGAUUCCAAACCUCUGUAUCCUUUCGGUCACGGCCUAUCAUACACCACGUUCUCGCUCCAGAACCUCAGCGUGAAGGUUGAUGAUGUUUGCAAAGUUACGCUUGAUAUGACCAACACAGGCUCUCGCGCUGGAGCCCAAGUCGUCCAAGUUUACGUUGCCUCACCAACGACGAUGGCGGUUGCACGACCUGUCAAGGAGCUCAAGGCCUUCCGCAAGGUUUACCUUGAGGCUGGAGAGAAGAGACAAAUUACGAUUGAUAUGGAUACGGUCUUUUCUACAAGCUACUGGUACGAGGGUCGUGAUAAAUGGUGUAGCGAGAGGGGUGAGUAUAGGGUCCUGUCGUCCCGGCCUUUCGGGUGCUUAGCCGGGGCACUUUCUAGCAUAUCUCGAGCGGGGAUGGAUCGGUCCAUCUCCUCAAUCCUUCCCAGCGACAAGGCGCUACUCCACCCCUACCCAUUGGCCAAAUAUCGAGGAUCGACAGCGCUGUCAUUGUCUAGGCCAAAUUUCUGUGUCUAUUACCAAUAUCGUUUCUCUAGAUUGGCACUCACUAACAAUGUCAACGAGUCCUGCUUCCUCCAGGGUUGUUGCGCGGAAAGCAUGCGAUGCAUCCUGCUCUGGACAAAUAUACUAGAGUCGUCCAUGACGUGCGACAAUUGCAAAAAGUCAAACUCCCAGUGCUCGUUUCAGUUACCAUCGAAAGCACGAGGCCCAAAAAGGAAGACCGAGUACCGACUCAGCGUUCCUGGGCCAGCCCUUUCAGAAGCCGACUUGGGUCUAGAAGCUCAGAGUCCCACUUCACCACAGUCAUUUUCAAACCCCGGGAGCUCCAUUAUAUCGCUUGCAGAGCCUUCUGUGCCGUCUGCAAGCUGUAUACUCCCAUAUGCGACCGACAUCCUUUUCCCGCGAGACCUUGUGCGGUUCAUUCUCAACGAUUAUGUAACAUACGUUUAUCCACUGAUCCCUGUGGUUCACCGCCCAUCGUUUGAAACAGACCUUGACGGGAAUCGUGACUUACACGAUGAUGAUUUUCUCACAUUGAUCGUCUCUUUAUGCGCCGUUACUGUCGGACUAUUGCCGUCUAGGUUGCAAACAUAUCGUGGGUUCUCAAGUCCCCUGCCAUUCCGCACACGCUCAGAGAUGGCAAACGGCUGUUACAAGCUCAACCAAAGCUUUCGAGACACGACGUAUUUCGACACGGUCAGUCAUCAAAAAUGGGCGAGUAGCUUUCUCCUAGGCGUCACGUUUCAUCAGACAGGCAAUAACAACCUCUGGCGGAUGUUUGAAGUGGAAUCCAUGCAGCUGUUACGCCUGUUGGAAGUGCAGCACAUCUCGAGCUAUGCGGGCUUGGACGCCAUAGAGGCCCAACUGCGCAAAAAGGCUUUUUGGUUGAUGUUCUACGGCUAUUUGCACCAGAUGCAUAACUUGCGCAACGAGCGGUUGACAUUUCUCGACCCUGUAAUGUCAUGUGAAAUCAAUAUCGAAGACCUCAUGCCGGUUCCCGUGGACGACGAAUAUAUAUCAUCCAGCGGCAUCCUCCCAUGUCCUGAGACUGAAGUCGCUCAGUCUCUGACUUCGGGCUUCAACAUCCAUUCGCGCAUUUUCUCGGCUGCUUUAAGACCUCCAGGUUCGGAUCCCAAGAGGCAUUGCAUCUGCAGCCACGUGAAAGAUCCCGCAGUGCGUUUAGCGUCUCUCCAAGAUAGGCUGCAUCACCUCAAGUAUAUGCUCGACACGGUGUUGCCGGCAUACAGAUCAUGGAGCAAGUCCAGUACAGCCGCCGCUCCUACUACUUCGCCUGGGCAAGAUGAUGUGGCCAAUAUACAACGUGAAGCCAUUCGUGCCAAUAUACAUGUCACGCACUUGUGGCUUCAAAUUAUGCUACUUGAUCAAAUUGACAUACUUGGUGGCCAGCGUGGAAAGGAAUUCACAAGUCCCUCGAUAGCGUAUUCUACCUCAUCCCCAAGAAUACAAGACUUUGCAUCAUGGGAUGAACGCGAAGAUAUCUGUCGACAAUUCCUACAUCUCUUAAAUUCACUCUCUCAACCCAGUCUAGAACCGAACGGUCUUUCUCUGGUGUACAAAGUCAGAGACGUCGCUGUUUCGCUGUUAUCGUGUCCAUAUGAUCCUUCUGAAAAGCGGGCACGGCGAGCAACAGAGUAUCUGCGCGAGUUCUCUAGACUCUUAUCCAUACUUGAUGUCAGCGAGCAGGUUAACUUGUUAAGUCUGCAGAGUUGGAUUGAUACUAGUCGAGAUAAGCAUACUAUAGUUGCAAAUUCCAUUUAACGUGGUGGAGUCAGGA